AUGUGCAUUUUGUGCGAUAACCGCUAGCCUAUAGCGCUUCCUCUGUCCCAUCCUCGGCGACGCCGCGUGCUUCCCCGCCGGCGCCGGCGCCGGCAGCCAUGCUCCCCGUCCAGAAACAACACCUUCCUCUCUCCUUCCGUCCCCGCACAACCGUCACGCUCCUCUCGUUGCGGCGCCACCAAUGCCGUCUCCCAACGACACGAUUCUCCACCACCGCCGCCGCCGCCGCCUACUCGGCUAGCAACGCCGCCCCCUUCGCCGUCGAGGAAUACCUCGUGGCCACCUGCCAUCUUACCCCUGCGCAGGCGCUCAAGGCCUCCAAGGUGCUCUCGCACCUCAAGUCCCCCUCUAGGCCCGAUGCAGUGCUCGCCUUCUUAUCGGGCCUCGGUCUCUCCGACGCUGACAUCGCCGCCGCCGUCGCCUACGACCCGAAGCUCCUCUGCUCCGAGGUCGAGCGCACGCUGGCCCCGCGCCUCGCUGAGCUCCGGGACAUCGGCCUCUCCCCGUCCCAGAUCGCCCGCCUCGUCCUCGUCGACCCCGCGCGCUUCCGCCGCCCCACCGUCGUCUCCAAGCUGCAGUACUACGUCCCCCUCUUCGGCUCCUUCGAUAACCUGCUCCAGGCUGUCAGGAGCAACGCCUACCUCCUCAGCUCCGACCUGGAGCGGGUGGUCAAGCCCAACGUCUCGUUCCUGAUGGAGUGCGGGCUAGGUGCUUGUGAUAUUGCCAAGCUGUCCCUCCCCGUGCCAAGGCUGAUCACCACCAACCCUGAACGCGUCCGGGAAAUGGUGGAGCGCGCCGAGGCUAUUGGUGUGCCCCGUCGCACCGGGAUGUUCAGGCACGCGCUGCUCGCAGUCGCGUUCCUUAGCGAGGAGAAGAUUGCUGCAAAGGUGGAGUUCCUGAAGAAGACAUUCAGGUGGUCGGAUGCUGAGGUGGGCAUCGCAGUUUCCAAGUUACCGUUGGUGCUGAAGCACUCCAAGGACAGACUGUGCCGCAUGUCAGAGUUCCUGAUCACCCAGGUCGGGUUGGAACCAGAGUACAUAGCUCACAGGCCUGCACUACUUACAUAUAGCUUGGAGCGUCGCCUGAUGCCUAGGCAUUAUGUUGUGAAGUUCCUUAAGGAAAAUGGAUUGUUGGAGCAGGACCGGAGCUACUAUACCGCUGUCCAAGUGAGUGAGAAUGUCUUCAUGGAGAAGUUCAUACGUCCUUACAAGGAAGCUGCACCAAGCCUCGCCCAAGACUAUGCUGCUGCUUGCAGAGGAGAAGCGCCGGAACCCAACACUGGCUCGGCAAGUGUUUAACUGUGUAGUGCUUAGCAAUGUUUUGACACUGAGCAGUGAGCUGGUAACUUUGUUUCAGUGUUCUUGCCUAACAGUAGUGUGUUGCUACAUGCUGGAUCAGUUGUGGUUAACACCCAAUGGAGCUAGUAUUUGGUUCCUGAAUCCUUGUAGACUCUUCUUCUGGUAAUGAGGACAGUAUGGCAUAGUUAUGACCACGACUAGAUUUAUCUUUGCUCUCUAUUAAUCAAGUUGACUAAGAUCUUCAGCAUCUUUGCUGUUGUUAUUAAAUUUCACAAGAAUGUUUGGCCA